UUGAUAAGGUUAUCUUAUUUUGCAUGGAAUGAUUGACUCACAACUAAAGUGAAACAAAUUGAAAUCUCACAUAAUAAUUUUGUUGGAGAAAUUAUAGAGAAUGGAGAAGAGAGCAGAUGUGAAACUUCUAGGUACAAAAGAAAGUAUAUUUACUCAAAGAAUAGUGUGGGCACUUAAGCUAAAAGGUAUUUGUUAUGAGUUUAUAAAGCAGGAUUUUUCCAGCAGAAGUAGUCCAUUGCUAGUGGAACUUAAUCCAGUUUACAACAAAGUCCCAGUUAUUGUUCAUGCUGGAAAAUCAUUGGCUGAAUCACUUGUUAUUCUUGAGUACAUUGAAGAGAUAUGGCCAUUUAAUCCUAUAUUUCCUGUGGAUCCUUUUGAAAGAGCCUCUGUUCGUUUUUGGGCUAAGUUUAUUGAUGGCAAGUUCUAUGAAGCAGCCAAAAAGGCAUUUUUCUCCUCUGGAAAAACCAAAGCAGAGGCGGUUGAAUCAGUGGCAGAGGGAUUACAUCUUCUUGAAGGACAGAUUAUUGGGAAAAAGUUUUUUGGUGGGGAGAAAAUAGGAUAUCUUGACAUAAUAGCUGGUUGGAUUGCUUAUUGGUUCCAAUAUGUAGAAGAAAUUGGUGAAUUCAAAGCAAUGGAUACAAGAAAAUACCCUUAUCUACAUGCAUGGAUCAACAAUUUCAUUCAAGUUCCUAUUGUUCAAGAAAGUCUUCCUACACCUGAUGUUGUCAAAGCUGCUUUUAGUGGAUUCAAAGAUGCUGCAGCCUUGGCUGGUGCUUAGAAGGUGUUUGAUGCGAUCGAUGAAAAUUAUUAUUUUCGAGUGGUUUAAAUUCAAAGUGCUAGAGGUGUUCAAUAGUAUAAGUAAUCCUAGUUGAGUUAUCUAAGUGAAUUAUGCAGACAACUUUAAAAGACCGCAUAUGACCUAUGCCAAUGUUUAAAUACAAAAGUAUCUAAUAGGUACAUAUUUUGAAUAAUAUAAGUGUUCAAUAAGAACAAGCCUGAGUUCUAGCUUCGAAGUGAAAAAUGCGGACAAGUUUAGGAUGGCCACUUAUGACUUCAACCAAUUGCAAUUGAAUAAAAGUUAAUAUUUCAAUGUGA